AUGCACUCUGACACUUUAACCAUUGAAAUUCUCCCAAAUAAGCCUUUUGGAUGCAAGGUCACGUUGCCUGCGUACUGCAAAGGAGACCCAAGUCAGUUGGAUGAUGACGAUUUUAAGAAAUUGCAUGAUGCUGUUCUUCUGCAUUUGGUAGUUGUGAUUCCCGAUCAGGCUGAGUUGGCACCCAAAUCGCAAUAUUUGCUUACAAAGAGAUUUGAUCCUACGAUUCCCGAACCCAAGGAAGACAGUGGGUUUGCAGGAUAUGGCCACGGGAAGGAGUUUCGCCACGAGCAAUCGGUUCUUCGGAAAGAUGGAACCACGGUGAAAUCGCAACCCCAGGUUCAAAUUUUGGGGCAGGGAACUUUUGGCGCGCACGAGCCGGGUAACGAAAAUGGCAGCGAUAUCAGUCUCACUCAUCCUCUGCACACCACAUUUCACCAUACACCAUUAACACCCAAACAAAUCCAGGAAGAACACCGUACUAGGUUCUACAGAUGGCACAUUGACUCAGCGUUAUAUGACUUGGCUCCUCCUUUGGUGACGACACUUUUGGGUAUAAAAGUUCCACCUUCAACCCACACUCAAAUCGUUACCUACGACGAUGGGUCCAAUGAUGAGUUGGAAGUUAGCCAGGGAGCCACGUGUUUUGUGAGUGGCGAGCAGGCGUUUCUGAGGCUUUCUGACGAGGAAAAGAAGUUUGCACUUGCCAGUUCUGUGGAGUAUGCUCCUCAUCCAUACAUCUUCAUUUCACCAGCCGGAGCCACUUCUGACGGUUUAACUAUGGUUCUGGAAGGCAAGGAAAUGGCGUUGGACAAGUUGCCUCCGUGGGAAAAGGAAAAGAUCAAGACGUUGCCUAUGGUUUGGAAGAACCCAGUUACGGGAAAACCUCACUUGCAAGUGCAUGGAUGCUGCUUGUAUAAAGUGCACACAAAACAAGAUGAUGGUUCCACCAAAACACUCGAGUUGAAAGAAGCUCGCGAGGCUGUGCACAAGUUGAUGAGACCGGCAAUUGCUCCUUCAAGGGUCUUGGCACAUGCCUGGAGUCAGGGCGACUUGGUUAUUUUUUUCAACCGUGGAGUCUUGCACAGUGUCACCGGAGAGUUCAAGGGAAUGAACAACGGCAAGGACGAGCGCCGGUUGAUGCACCAGUGCAACAUUGCCAGUGGGAAGGAUCCUGUGGCAGCAUAA